UGUACGACGAAGUAUCCAGCAGCUUCAAUUACGAUGGUGGGCAAGACGCUGAUCGUCGGGGGCGGCUUGACGGGCGCCGCUCUGGCGCGAUUGCUACAGGAGGCCAAGGCGGCAGCGACUUAUGCGUCGGAAGUCGUAGUAUGGGACCGCAACAGUAUCCUCGGAGGGCGCGCAAUGGCCAGGUGAAGCUCUGUUAAGCACACUGUAGGCUGUGACACGAACUGACAUGUGGUUAAGAUCGUUUCCGAAGCAACGAGAGGUCCACGUGGACAUGGGGGCGCAGUAUUGGACGCCGAAGUCCGAUCUAAACGACGACUUCCGCCAAAAGCUGACACAGAGUGGCCGUUUGGUGCCAUUCGCCGAGAACGAGAUCACCCAGGAUCCGUACAAAGGAACAGUCAAGACGCACUUGGUUUCUCCUGAUGGCAAAGGGUUUCGAGCGAUGGUGGAGCACUUAUUGGAGGGGACGGAGACCAAGCUGUCGACGCAUUUGGAGAGCUUCCAGGUACUGGACGAUAAACGCAUCCAAGUUACGACCGACGAAGGCAAAGAGGAGAUUGUGAACGAAUUGGUGUUGACGUGCCCCAUCCCUAAUGUACUGUCAGUUAUCAAGAAGAGCAGCUCGUUCCACGUUGCCCCAGAGAUUCUUCGUGCAUUGGAGAGUGUGACGUACUCGCAACGCUUUGCUGCAGCCUACGUUUUCGACGAAAAAGCGGUUCCGGCAGUACAGGAGUUGGGGUGGACGGCCAAGUACGUCCCUGGAGACGAGAGCGACAUCAUCCGCUUCGUGUGUUGGGACCACCUGAAGAAGAAACAAGAUGAAAACUCCCCGCCGACGCUGAUUGUGCACACCUCGGUGGGGUUUGGGGCCACGUUCAUGGACGACACUCGCCAUAAUGACGAGAUCCUUGCCCUCAUUACCAAGUCGUUACGUGAGGUCUUGCCAUCGCUUCCAGCUGAGCAGGAUGCGCGUCUCCAUCGCUGGCGUAUCUCUCAAGUAACCGUGCCGUAUCACGACCGGAACGGUGCAAUGGGCGAGGAUCCACCAUCAGCUCUCGUGCUUAGCGCCAACCCACGCAUCAUCGUGGCCGGUGACAGCUUUCUCGGCUCAGGUUUUGAUAAUUGCCUGUUGUCUGCCAAGGCGGUUGCCAAUUUGUUGCAAAGCAAAAACGCGCUUUGAUAUGAAGACGAUAAUUGUUACUGUUAAACUGAAGCCAGGUUGCAUGUGUAACAACAAGAAUAAUACAUGUAACAGCAAUAAGAAUACUUGUAGCGAUCACUUUCAGCUGAGAAGGAUGCGUACUACUAAUACAUCAUUUAUGGUACGGC